CGGGUCCUGCGAAUUCGCCCCGGGCCGUCUCUAAACCAAACCCCUUUUACCGAGGGCUGUCUGAUCAGUUGCAUAAAGAGUGGGUGUAGUUACCAUCGUUUCUUCUUCUGGAGGGUCUUCUGGAGAGAAGGAUUAGCAUGUCGUCCAUAAUCAGAAAGGUGAUCAGCACCACAAAAGCCCCGGCAGCCAUUGGUGCCUACAGCCAGGCUGUGCUAGUGGACAGAACCAUUUACAUCUCUGGACAGGUGGGCAUGGAUCCUUCCAGUGGACAGCUUGUGCCAGGAGGAAUAGUAGAAGAAGCUAAACAAGCCCUUAAAAACCUGGGUGAGAUUCUGAAGGCUGCAGGCUGUGAUUUCACUAACGUGGUGAAAACAACUGUUUUACUGGCUGACAUAAAUGACUUUGGCACUGUCAAUGAGAUCUACAAAACAUAUUUCCAGGGUAGCCUUCCUGCCAGGGCUGCUUACCAAGUCGCUGCUUUACCCAAAGGAAGCCGAAUUGAAAUCGAAGCGAUCGCUGUCCAGGGGCCUUUCACCACAGCAUGACUAUAAGUAGCCGUGCUGAUGCUGACUCCAGAGUUUUUAGAAUGUCUUUCACACUUAAAUUUUUACAAAUGACGCUGGCAAACAUGACCAGAGUGGUUGAAGUUAUCGUGGAAAUGACCUCAUAUGUGGAGAUUUGACGUUAAUUGGAGAUUAUUCACUACAGUGACUGAUGCUCUAAUUUCACUUACGUUGCUGGGUGUGAGAGAAGAGGCACACAGACACUGAGGUGGGAGCAGAAGGAAAGAUGGGCUGUUGUUUAUGACAAGUAGCAAAGGGCACACCUACUUAAAUCAUAUUAAUUUGCUCAUGUGAAAUACUUAGUUCUCAUGUUAGAUAUAAGAAAUUAAAUUAAAAUACUCAAACUUGAAUAGUACCAGGAGAAAAAAAGUGGACCAAAAUCUUACACAGAUAAUAUUGCUUUAAUGGAAAUAAAAAAUAGAUGUGUAACUUUC